AUGCGCGAAGGGAAUGCACCCCCUAAAUCGGAAGCAGUGUAUCAUUCAGUGAAAGACAGCAAACAGCCUGAUUUCAGUGAUAUAACUAUAUCGAUAAAUCAGCGAUUGUUACUCGAGGAGAAGGUAAAACACAGCAUCGGGAAGACCAAGAUCAAACAUUAUGAGAACCAAAACAAGAAUUUGACGUCUCACAAUCAGCGUAAUGAGGAAUUAAAACAAACUUGCUCUCGAAGGAUAUUAGAACUAAUCAAAGUCGAAGAGAUCACCAAUGCACUCAUUAAUAAAAUGCUGUCUACAAACACGUCUCUGUCUGAUAGAGCAACUCCGUCCAGACAUAUAUUCCUCUCAGAGACGGCAAACGGAAACGCAUCUUGUGGAGGAAAGCGAGGAACGCAACAGCAAUUAUAGUAUUACGAGUACUGUCAAUUAGAUGGAUAGUUUCAUCCCUCAGUGAAUCCUGAAGAAAACGUAAGGGGCACUCUUAUGGUAAAAGGUAUAUACAACCAUUAAUAAACACCCUGUAUAUGAAAAAUUUUUGACCGGAUAUGUCCA